GUAAAGUUUGUUCAUUUUCCGCUAGAUGGUGUAUUGUGCAUUUAGCAAAAUGGCCUCAUCGCGACUUCUUCAUCUAGCCCGAAAUGGUCUACUACCCAAAUCAUCCCUCAACAUGCAGUUUCGCACUGCCUAUAAAAUUGUAACAGAUGAGUUGGGGUCGGAUCCUAAGACGAACCAAGAGAUCGCGGAUCGUGCAGGAGAUCACAUACUAUUAACGGAAAUUUUUAGAGGUUUCGGAGUGACUCUUGCACACUUCUUUAAAGAGCCUGCAACCAUAAAUUAUCCGUUUGAAAAAGGACCACUUAGUCCUAGAUUCAGAGGGGAACAUGCUCUUAGGCGAUACCCAUCUGGAGAGGAGCGUUGUAUUGCUUGCAAGCUCUGCGAAGCUGUAUGCCCUGCCCAGGCAAUCACAAUUGAAGCAGAGCCCCGUGCAGAUGGCAGCAGACGAACAACAAGAUAUGACAUCGACAUGACUAAAUGCAUUUACUGUGGCUUUUGCCAGGAAGCAUGCCCAGUUGAUGCAAUUGUAGAGGGCCCUAAUUUUGAAUUCUCCACUGAAACCCAUGAAGAACUCUUAUACAACAAAGAGAAGUUGCUGAAUAAUGGAGAUAAAUGGGAAGCUGAAAUUGCAGCUAGCCUACAAGCUGACCAUCUAUACCGUUGAAGCUUUCAAUUAUAGUAAAGUUUCACUAAUGUAAAAUUAAUAGUAAGGUGGUCCUUGAAGGUGUCAAUAGAUGAAUACGAUACCAUC